AUUGGUAGAAAACUGGUAAUUAUUUUUAGAAGAUAGCACCAAAUCCAACUGGUAAAACUCUUUCGUAUAUUGUGCUCUAUUAUCCCUGAUUGUUUGGUUCUGAAAUUUCCUACAUUUGAUCAAGGAAUUUUAGAUACUCCUCUAGCAUUUCAUAACAAUAUCCUUUAUAAGAAUACCCAUCAAAUUAUUUUAAGAAUUGAUUAGUUUUAAUCAAUUAGUUUUAAUCAAUUAAAUUAAGAAUUAAGAAAUUUAGACGUCAAUCUUAUUCAUUAUUAGGGGAAGUAAGUCUCAAUGAAUUCACAAGAACAUCCUUUUGAAUAGGCAUGUAUAUAGAUUUGCACCGUAGACAUUCAGUAUCGAAGGACAUAUACUUCUAGCAACACGAGGAAGACCAUGUUGUCUUCUAGUAUGCCAACAGCGCUUCUUCCUCUUCUUACCAAGAAAGCCCAGAUUCAGAUGAAUUUCAUCCCUUCAUUGAAGCACUUCUUCCCCAUGUCCGAGCAUUUGCGUAUACAUGGUUCAACUUACAAGCUCGAAAACGAAAAUACUUUAAAAAACACGAAAAGCGCAUGUCAAAGGAAGAAGAAAGAGCGGUGAAGGAUGAAUUGCUAAGCGAAAAACCUGAGGUUAAACAGAAAUGGGCAUCCAGACUUUUGGCAAAGCUUCGGAAAGACAUCAGGCCUGAGUAUCGGGAAGAUUUUGUUCUAACUGUGACAGGAAAAAAACCUCCUUGUUGUGUUCUUUCCAAUCCAGACCAGAAGGGCAAAAUGAGAAGAAUUGACUGUUUACGGCAGGCAGAUAAGGUCUGGAGGCUGGACCUUGUUAUGGUGAUUUUAUUUAAAGGUAUUCCGCUUGAAAGUACUGAUGGCGAACGCCUUGUAAAGUCCCCACAGUGCUCAAAUCCAGGGCUGUGUGUACAGCCCCAUCACAUAGGGGUUUCUGUUAAGGAACUCGAUUUAUAUUUGGCAUACUUUGUGCACGCGGCAGAUUCAAGUCAGUCAGAAAGUCCCAGCCAGCCAAGCGAAGCUGAUAUUAAGGACCAGCCUGAAAAUGGACAUUUGGGCUUCCAAGACAGUUUUGUCACAUCAGGUGUUUUCAGUGUCACUGAGCUAGUAAGAGUCUCUCAAACACCAAUAGCUGCAGGAACAGGCCCUAAUUUCUCUCUCUCAGAUUUGGAAAGUUCCUCGUAUUACAGUAUGAGUCCAGGAGCAAUGAGGAGAUCUUUACCAAGCACCUCUUCUACCAGUUCCACAAAGCGUCUCAAAUCUGUAGAGGAUGAAAUGGACAGUCCUGGUGAAGAACCAUUCUACACAAGCCAAGGGCGGUCUCCAGGAAGUGGAAGUCAAUCAAGUGGAUGGCAUGAAGUGGAGCCAGGAUUGCCAUCGCCAACUACAUUAAAGAAGUCAGAGAAGUCUGGUUUCAGCAGUCCCUCGCCUUCACAGACCUCCUCCCUUGGAACGGCAUUCACCCAGCAUCAUCGACCUGUCAUUACAGGACCCAGAGCAAGUCCACACGCAACACCAUCGACUCUUCAUUUUCCAACAUCACCCAUUAUUCAACAGCCUGGGCCAUACUUCUCACACCCAGCAAUUCGCUAUCAUCCUCAGGAGACUCUGAAAGAGUUUGUCCAACUUGUCUGCCCGGACGCUGGUCAGCAGGCUGGACAGGUGGGGUUCCUAAAUCCCAAUGGUAGCAGCCAAGGCAAGGUGCACAAUCCAUUCCUUCCCACACCAAUGUUGCCACCACCGCCUCCUCCCCCAAUGGCUAGGCCUGUGCCUCUUCCAGUGCCAGACACAAAGCCUCCAACCACAUCAACAGAAGGAGGUGCCGCCUCUCCCACAUCACCCACCUAUUCAACACCCAGCACCUCCCCUGCAAAUCGAUUCGUCAGUGUUGGACCACGGGAUCCAAGCUUUGUAAAUAUCCCUCAACAGACACAGUCCUGGUACCUGGGAUAAAACUAACAGUUUCCCACCAUCCAGCAGACAGACCACCUGACCCACGUUCGAACUCUGUAACAUGGAAGCAGCCACAAAGCAGUGUUGUUACUUCACGUCCAUGGAAGGAGAGCAGACAGAGAUUGACAUCAAGCAACUGCUCUUACUCAGAGACGGCAAAUGUUAUGAUUGAGCAUCAGAGGCCGUAAUAUAGUGGGGGGGAGGAGGGAGUUUGAGGGUUGGGGUUUUGGUUUGGUUUGAGGUUUUUUUUUUAAAGAACACCUUAGUGACCGAUGUAAUUUCUCAUAUGGUGCUGGAAAUGUUUGAGCUUCAUAUUUUUGAAGUGUUUCAAGUGAUAGUGUAAGAAUUAGGGACAUUGAGUAGCAGAGCGAGCCUGCUGGCUACUUACUGACUUGCUAUUGUAACCCUUUCCAUACAGCACCUAACUGUUUUACAGUAUUUUUUACUGAUUAAUUUCCCAUACAAGUGUGAGACUUACUGAGAGAUCCGAAGAGCUACACAUAAAUAACUUUAUAGUAGCUGAGUUCUUCAGUAUGACACUUACAAGACAGUCAUGGGGCAUGUUUUUUCUGUAACAUAUCAGGAUUUUUUUUUUAAUUUUGCAAUCAGCAAUUCAAUAUAUGACACGAAUCAUAAGAUGGUAAUUGACAGGUUGGUUUCCACAUAAGUGGCAAAGAAAUAUAAACCAUCAAUCUACUACAGGUCAAACAAAAAAGAAAGAAAAUAAAUGCUGCACUUAACAUGAAACAUUUUUGACAAUUUUCAACAAUGACAUAAAAUUCAUAUGGAAAUGGGGAAGUUGGUCUGUUUUGAUAGAAACUGACAGGAAUCAAUCAAAACAAUUGAAUUUUGAAUUGAGAAAAGUGCAAUUUCAUUGGAUAGCUAAAUAUCUUUGUAAGAUAGAGAUUGUUGAAAAUUCUAUUUUUGUUUUCCAAGUCCUUCCACCCCAGGACUCUAAAUUAUUGGGGUAAAAAACAGCCUUGAAAGAAAAAAAAGGGGGGGAGCUAUUUUUGCUUUUUAUGUUUUUUAUUGUUAAACUUGUAUCCCUUUAAACUGAAGGAAAUUUAAAACGUUCACACACAAAAUUUGAUGGUGCUUUUACCACAAUAUGUUAUCUUCAUUAAAUGCUAAUUAUUUUCUGUUAUCAAAGCACAUAAUUAAAAUUAAAUCAUAAUAUCUGUUCAUUAUAUAAGCUAAAAAUCAAUUAUCAUAGAGUAUGAUAAUUCUGACAAAUCAUACAUGUUUCCGGCAAUAUAGGGUAUAUCACUUCUUAAAAAUAUCUUGGCCACAGUUUAAUGCAGAGGAAGGCAUGCUUAAAAAAUAGCUUUAAGCAUUUUGUAGCCUGCAUUGGAUUGUGGUCUUUUAAUAUAAUAAGAGAUAGCUGUCCAGAAAGUAAAAAUGCCUCUGUGUCCCUGAACUGGCCUUUUCUUUUCUUUUCUUUCUGGACUGCAAAGGCAUCAGUAGAGAAGCAAAAUGUGGAUUUAUAUUUUAUGCCAGUUCAAAGUGAGGGCACUUGCUUAAAAAAAAAAGAAAGUUUGGACCCCAAAUGUCCUGUAUCUUAUGUAAAAAAAAAAAAAAAGGAAAAAAAACAGCAAAAAAAGCAGCAAAAAAAUGCAAGUGAUUUUUUUUCUUCUAUCAGACAGCGGAGCACCCCUUUGCUUUCCAUGCAACUUUAAGAAGGUUUCCUAUAUUAUACAUAUAUAUACGUUCUGGUUGGCAAAUCUAGCUAAUCAGAGAAAGUCUCUGCAUGUUCUAGUGUUAGUAACUAAUUUUUAUAUAGUUAAUGUAGGGUAAAGUAGAGUGCAUUAAGACACAAUAUUGUAAUCCCUAAUCCAGGCACUUGCCUUUAAACUAUGUUUGUUCGGCCCUUCAGAAGGGUUUCUACUACUGUCCUAUACAAUCAAGUAAACUGAAUUUCUUGGGAAGACACUUUGCUCCUCAUCUUUUCCCUAAAACUUUGUUGUUUUGUUUUGUUUUGUUUUCUUGAUUUGCACGAAACAAAAUAAUAAUAAUAAUAAUAAUUCCAUAUCAAUGUGCCUUGCCCUGGAUAGCGAUUAUUUGUGGAAUUGUUGCACAUGUUCCUCUAUUGAAAGGGUUAUUUUUCCCCCCCUAGUCAAGCAUUUGGAGACACUUUUUUGUAAAUGUGACUUUUAUGUCCGCCAUUGUCAGUUUCAGCAUCUUAGAAUACAAUAGAAGGUUAGUUGUUUCACAGAUAGGGGUAGUGUUUUCUUGUCCUGUACGGUCAGUGGCAGUGCUAUUCUGAUAUCUGUAGAUGCUAGAGUAUAUCAGUAUUUUUGAUGUGGCUGCAUUUUACCAUUUUCUUUGGAGUCUUCCUUUUGUUCAUUUUUAUUUUUUCCCAGAUAUAUGAAAAUAUGCAAUACCUGCUUAUAUCACAUAGAAGAAAAGCUUAGCAAUUCUUAAUUUUUCUUUUAAGUCUUUUUUUUUUUAAUUUGACCAAAGUCGGUGCUGCACUUGAAGCAGCAUGUUUUAGGUGUUUGUCUUUGUACUUUUUUUGUGUGUGUGUGAUUUUUGAAUGCACACGCAGGAAGGGCUCUUCUUAGAGAAGCAGUCAAACUGUGAAGCACUAAGCUGAACCCUGCUUCAAGCAGUUUUUGUUUUUCAAUUCUUCCUUUCACAAGCAAGCCUUAAAAAAAAAAAAAAAACACCUCCCGUUUUCUUCAAAUCCCACACCCAUUUUUAUUAGCAGAUUGCAAUCAAACCACAUUCAAUAAAAAGUAUGAAAUGCCCAUUUUUAUAUGCACGUUUUUAAACUUCCAAGUUCUGAAAAUUGUUUACUGGUUAUUCUCUAUUUAAGGAAAAAAUGUUUUGGAUUUUCAUAUAUGUCAAAUAAGUGGUUGAGUAGUCAUUUGCUCUGUUGUAUUGUGUGAUUGUUAGUAUUAUGGUAUCACAUCCACUAGCCAGCAUCCUUUGCCUUCCCUAUAGCACUUAGCAGGGCAUUACCUUAUUAAGACAUAUGUGCACUAAAAAUAAAAAAAUAAAAAAAUUAGCAGCUUUCAGUGCUUCACAGUGAAGGGGAAAAAAAGCCUAGACAAACAUUUUGUCAGAACCUUGCUCUAAGCCAAGGUAUUACCAGUAAAUUGGUUGUAUAUACAACAAAAUUGCACCCUUUUUUUAAAAAAGAAACAAAGCAAACUAAGCAAUAGUUUGGGCAGUUAGUUGUUUUUAGUAAGCAUGUGAUAGUCAUGGCCAGAAAGAGAGAGAAUCAAAGCUGCCCACUCAGAAGCUAUGUAAUGUGUAUGUUGUAUAGUUUUAUUGAUUACACUGAUUUAUUCUAUCCUAUUUUAUAAUGCAGGACUUUUGUAAUGUUGUUUAAAUAAGGAAAAAUUUCUGUCAAAUUAGCUUAGUGAAAUUCUGAUUGUUCGUUAUAAAGGCAGCAUUCAUAGAAUUGCUUUUUUUCCCCCCCUUUGGGAACUGGAUUUAAGUUAAAAACUUUCCUGUUUCCUUUUUUGUAUGUAUUUAAAUACAGUUUCCCCCCCCCCUUUUCUCAAUAGUAUAGCAUAUUCCUAUGCUUGAGAAGUAUAGGCUACUGAAAAACCAUUGUAAAUGGACAUUACAGAUAUGCUGUAUUUUUGAAGGCGUUUUAUCAUAUUAAGUUUGAAGGUGGUAAAGUUAGGGAAUUCUGAUUGGAAUCACACAAAACAAAUUGUUUUUAAAGGCUUUAAACAUUAGGUUUGUGGUCAAGGGUGUUUACCAACAGAAGUUGUAAAGUAUUAAAGGCACUAAAUUAACUUUUGUUUCAUCUUGUUGUCAUGCAAUAACAGCAGUUUGAAUCUAUUCAGGUGUGGAGAACAGAGUUUUAUUCCUCAAAGCAGAGUGCAGAAUGUAGAUCUGAAGGGAGGCAACUGCAUGGGGUGUGCAGUCCUUAAUAGAAAAAUAAUCUUGGAACACACACUGCGGAAUCAGAUUAACAUAUCCAUUGCCCAAUUCAAAACUGCUUUUUUAUUCUUUGCACAGACAGCUUUUCUGCCCAAGUCAUUCUUUCAAAAUGACUAUAUACCCAACACCAACCCUUUUGCCUCCUUAUCCCAAAUAGAAACAGCAGUUCUUUCCUUGAAUUAACUUAACUAACAGAAAUUUUGUUCUCUUGAUCUCUUUCCAAAAUAGGGCUUAGCGGAUUGUCAUCCUGCACACCCUCGAGAUGUUGCAUUAUUUAUUCGUUGUGUUUUAUAUAUUUUUUGAAACCAGAGGCUAAUGCAAUCUUCCCCAAUCUGAUGUUCACCAAGGGUGUAGGACUGUGGCUCCCCUCAUCCCAGGAUAGCAUAGUCAGUGACCAUGUUUGCUCAUGAAGAUAAGCUGUAGAGAAAAACGUGGCUGGAAAAACCUUGAUUGGAGAAGGGCACCAGCCAUGGGUGUACCUUUUCUGCAAGGAAGUGUCCAGUCUUCUCUUGCAAAUUGGCAAGCAAAAGAAUAGAAUUGGUGAGGGGUGUUUUUCAUGUCCGCAGAAUUCAGUCAGCCCAGAGGAAUAUGCAAAAAUCCCUCUACUUACUUUUCUUUCAAUGUCUUCUCUUUGUUCCAUAUAGUUUUCAGCUUUAUAGUAACAGUAUUAAAUUUACUGUGUGUGUGCGCGCACACACACACACACACACACAAACGAGAGAAAAGGCAAAAAAAAACUCACAUCCAAAUACAUGGCAUAAAACUGAACUUUUUUUUCCUUGUAAUUUAAAAAAAAAACAAAUGUCAAUAUUAUUCUUUGCAUUGUGUCUCUGGAAAUAUCUUUUUAUGGUUUUACUUUGGUAGAAGGCCUCUAUAGAACAAACAUUGCAAACCACAAUGGGGAUGAAAAUGUAAGGAGAGCUUCAAUGGCACCUAAAAGAAACUCAUCUUUCAUGCAAUCUAUUGGGGAGAAACUCAUGAAAUAAACUCUGCCUGCCAGGCAAGGUUUCCAUUAAAUUCAAGCUUAUGAAGCCAAUUUUGUCUUGAAGUCAACGCAUGUAUUACUGUUGGACAGUAAAACCCGGCUAUGCCAUCAUCAAGUCCAAGGCUGUGCAAUAGUCUAAUUAGUAUUGAGUACCAUUUCCCUUUUAUUUUUUCCAAUAAUAAAAAAAACAACAACAGUGGGAUGAAAAUUGCUUUGAUAUAUAGCAGGUAACAUUGAAGCUAUUCCAUAGCACUUAACUGUAGUGAAUACUGUGUCACCAAUUCUGAAAUCAAUUUAAUGUUUAAUGCAAACCCAUUACAUGGUGCUAUUACAGGCUGGCAAAAUGAUUUACAAAAAUGUGACAACUUGGGCUCAAUUCACUCUGCUUUCUAACAAUGUAAAUGCAUAGCAGUGUUUAUCUGCAUGAGAACUAUGCACUAAUAUAAAUCUGAAAAAAAAAAAAGAAAUAUAUCAA